AUGUCUGGCUCUCGGGUUGUAUUUGAUGGCUUAUGGCGCUGCCUGUGCCCUUCUACUGAUGCAUAUGUAGCGGCUAGACUGCUCAAUUCCCCCAUUCUACCUCGAACAUCGAUUGCAACGGGCCACCGAAGGCAACCCGUCCGGCCCUCCCACACGCACGCUAUCCGCCCACAAUGUCGCCGAUACUCUACAGCCACGUCUUCCACACUACGUUCGGAAGACGAUGCAAGAGCGUUUGAGAAUGGCGAGGCAGUAGAAGGAAAUGCGACCGCUGGGGAAAUACGGCACGGCGCCACUUCGACCGACUCUGGACCCGGCGAUCCAAACGAACAGCUUCGAGCAGCGCCGUUAUCUGCCAUUUACGAGGCUUUACAGGUCUUGCAAGGCCAGCCAAAGACUUUUCAGAAAGUGACAACCUUCAUCACACACUUAGUUCAGUCUCGGAAUGCUGAGCUGGACUCCCAACUGUAUGAGCAUCUAGUAGUUGCGACGGCCGACGUUCAGGGUUCAGCAGCGAUGCUGGCCCAGUUGUUCGCCGAGAUGAAGCAGCUACAGCUCAAGCCGACCACCUUAAUAUGCCAUGCUGCAUUGGCUACACUCGCCGUACAUCCCGACUACUUGGUCCGAAACGAGAUCCUUGCCGCCAUGAAGCAGUCCUGGGCUGAGAUCAGCAUCGAAGGACAAAGCCACAAUGCCCUCGGUCUACUUCGUGAUGGACAGUUUGAAAUGGCGCUUGACGCACUAGAGGCUAUGAUUGACAAGCACGUAUCUAUCCCUUCGUGGGUUUACGAUAUCUUCAUAUUCGUGUUUGCCCAACACGGAUUCGUUGACGAAGCCAUCAAGCUGGCACACAGCAAGGUUCAUGCUGGAAGCGAAACAAGUCUCACAGUGUGGUAUAUGCUCUUGGACGCGUGCGCUCAGACGCAUCACUACGAAGGCACGAGGUACAUAUGGGGCAGGCUUCUGGAUACCGACAGGGAGCAUCUAUCAGAUGGUACACUACUCAAUGUCAUCAACACGGCCACGAGGCAGUACGACUACGAGCUUGUUACCAGCGCAUCCCGCCUGAUUACCCAAAGGGGUAGCAAGCUGUUUGCGCAUCACUACGAGGCCUUGAUUGAAUGCUACGGCGGCUCAGGAGACGUAGCAAGUGCUCUGCGUGUUCUCUGCAUCAUGUUCAAGGCCAUUUCCGUUGCGCCGUAUGCUAGCACGCGCUCGAUAUACUGCUGGAUCAAGAAUCACCCGGAGAGCAUUGACACUGCGCUCAGUACCCUGACGGAAUUGGUGCGCAGUUACAAGGUCCCGAUUGCAGCUCUCAACGUCCUCAUUGAAGCUGCAGUAGAUACCCAUGGAUAUGCAAAAGCCUUGGAGAUCUACCAAAACGCUCAUAAGUACACAGAGGCAACUCCCAACCAUGUCACAAUCCGAUACAUCCUGCAGGCGUGCGACGACAUGGAGUCUCUCAAAAGUUUGGUGGCGGAGAACCCAGAGCUGGCUCUCAAGGCGGAUCGGAAUGCCUUUGGCAAGGCCAUUUACGAGUACGCCGUAUCCAGUGACCUCGAUCUUGCCUAUAAGUGCAUAGAGCUGUAUGGCCAGGCUCCUGAAGGUGCCAAUGGCGAACCGCAUAGCAAGACGGAAGCAUGGAUUCCCAAAAGGACGCUGCUCACAGUCAUCAGGAAAUCUCUCGACGCGCAAGAUGAGCGCGUCUGGUGGUUGAUCGAGCAGGCCGAGCGCCGGAACAUAGAUGUCCAAUCUGGCAUCGCGAAGCUGAUGGCGUCUUUCGCGGAUGAAAUCAAGCGUAGCACAGGAUUGGCGCAAGAGGAUCGCGCUUUAGGCGAUGAUCUAGAGCCGCGGCAGCAUUCCACGUUAUGAGACUGGGAAAGGCCAUGCAGUACAGUUUGCCCGAGCUUGUUCUGCAUGCCGUUUCACCCAAGGAAAAUGCACCCCGGUGCAGAAUAUACCGCGAUAGUUGUACAGCACCACCUGUGGCCCAAAUCACUCAACGCCUCAUAUCCCAAUGUAUGCACAUACAAUACUGAUGCAUUGAGACGUGAUCUGUAUUUCUAAAAA